GAGUUUACGCUGUGAUACAGAUACGGUCCCAUCCCUGUCUUUCUCUUUUCCUGUUUUCUCUCUCUUCUUCUCUUUUCUCUCUCUCUUUCGUUGCUUCAAUCUCAGUUCCGCUUUCGAUCCGCGCCCUGCUUCGCAAUCUCUGGAAUCGCACAAUGGUACAACGGCAAAGCCCUAACUCGUCGCCGUGUGACUCAGUGCCAACUCUCCGAUGAUCAUGGAACUCACCGAUUCCACUGCCGGCGACCGCAACCUCAACGCGCCGCCGCACCACCAAGACUCUCGGUCGGGCCUCGGAAUCGACCUCAACGAGAUCCCUUCCCCUCCCUCUUCCUUCGUCGAAACCCUACCGGACUCCGCCGUCGACAUCGUCCGCGCCUACCAUGAGAACCCCGCGCCUCCGCCCGGCGGCCCCGCCGCCCUCCCCCGAGCCCUCGCUCCAUGCGCCGCCUGCGCCAAGCCAGAGACUCGCGCCUCUACCGGGAGCCACCACCUCGUCGUCUGCGACGCCUGCGAGCGCGGCUUUCACUUGGCAUGCGCCGGGAUUCGCGGCGGCGGCCGCCAGGCGCCUAGCUUCGACGAGUGGGUCUGCGGCGAGUGCGUGUCCGGGGGAGUGAAGAGUAAACGGUGGCCGUUGGGAGUUAAGUCCAAGCAGCUUCUUGAUAUCAACGCUUCGCCGCCCAGCGACGCCGACGGAGAUGGCAGCGGCGAGGAGUCGCAGGAUUUGAGAAAGCACCCUCUGGGUGAUAAUUCUUUUGGUGCCAAUCCCUUUGGUGCCCCAGUGACGCAUUCAAACUUCUACAACGGGAGUGCUCUUGGCUUUCAAAAGGCAUCUGGAGUUGUGACACAUGCUGUUAGAGCGGGUUUUGAGGAUAUAUUGAAUCAUACCCAAUCAAUGACUAGAAGCUUUGAGAAGGCAUAUAUGGAUUUCCCUCUUGGAAUUCAUAGCAGUAGUAAUAAUACAGCUAAUAGAAUGCCAUCUCGGAGUUCAAAUGAGAUGUUUUUGCAGGCUCUUAAAGAUUUUAUAUCUCAAAGGCAUGGUGUACUAGAGGAAGGUUGGCGGGUGGAAUUAAGACAAUCCACAAGCAGCUCUCAACUGUAUGCAGUUUAUUGUGCACCAGAUGGAAAGAUAUUUGAUUCUGUGUAUGAAGUAGCUUGUUAUUUGGGGGUAGGAUCUGGCUACAAUUCUAGGGAAUCUGAAAUAAGAAAUGAGAGGUCCAGGAAAAGAAAGUCUACAAGAACUCCAGUAGCCAAUGGCUUUGCAGAAAAGCGGGGAACCUUGAUCAAUAGUAAUUGUAAGGAUCCUCCUUCUGAUGGUUUAAAUGUGGAAUGUGCUAGUGCUAGGGGGAAUAUCUCAAAUACCUCUGAAAUUGGAAGAAAAGAAGAUGGCCAGUCAUGCCCUCAGCAAUCUGCUGAUGGACUUCCUCUACAGUUCAAGGAUUUCUUUGUUCUUUCUUUGGGAAAAAUUGAUGGAAGACCUUUAUAUUAUGAUGUUAACCUUAUCUUUCCUGUAGGUUAUAAAUCUUGUUGGCAUGACAAGAUUACUGGCUCUCUUUUUACAUGUGAAGUUUUGGAGGGCGGUGAUUCUGGACCUAUAUUUAGGAUCAGAAGGUGUUCCUGUUCAGAAUUUCCUGUUCCAGUUGGCUCAACUAUCCUCUCAAUUUCAUGUCUUCGUCAAUUUGUGAGUCAAACCAAUGAAGGUGAAAAAAAGACUAAUGAUAGUGUGGAUUUGGAAGGUGAUGAAAGUAUCCAGAUGCUGCUUUUAGAACCUUGUGUGCCAACAGAAGAUGACGUCUUAAGUUGCUUUGCAAGCUGCUCGAAUGAAGCAUGUGAUAUACUGCCUGUUACUGCUUCAGUUCAUGAUAAUACUAGAAAUUCAUUAGCUGAUAACAUAGGGUUUAUUGAUGAAAUUGGUGAAAUUUUAGUAGAAGAGCGGUCAUCAUUCUCUGCAUGGAGUGUUAUUUCUCAAAAGUUAGUUAAUGCUUGCAAAGAUGUUUGCAAACAGAAAGGAUCUCUCAAGUUCUAUUGUAAACAUGUUGAAAAUGAAGCAUGCUUACGUAACUGGGAUUUAAGGAAUGGAAAAAGUGAUACACACCUUACUUCAUUGGAUAAAUUUUGUGGUUCACUUGGUUCAGUUGGCAUUCCUGAUGUAAUUUAUGCAGAAAAUGACCUGAAAGGGCUCUACGAGGUAUUAGGAAAAUGGUUGGAGCAGGAUAGAUUUGGAUUAGAUGUUGAAUUUGUGCAAGAAGUAUUGGAACAGCUUCCUGGUGUCGAAGACACUUUGCAAUAUGAGCUUCUACAUAGUAGAAAUAAUAGCUCUUCAUUGCCAACAGUAGAAAAUGGUUUCUUAAGUGUUGAAUGUAAUAGAGAUGGAUCAAAAAGUCAGGAAGCAGUUCAAGGUUUAUAUAGGGGGCCCAAUAAGGCGAGGUUGACUGAAAAACAAAAGGAAGAUCGUUGUCCACCUCCUGGGAAGUCACUAUGCUCUAGGGCUCCUACUGAGCUUGUUGGUGACAUUUUCCAGGCUUGGGAGCUUUUAGAGCGAUUUCAUGAAAUUCUCGACCUGAAAGAUCUAUUGUCAUUAGAUGAGCUUGAAAAGGAACUUAUCAACCCUUGGUUUGAUGUGCUGGAUGUUCCUGAGAAAUCUGAUGGGGAAAUGGAGGGCAAUCAAGUUUUAAGUUCCCAAGGAGCUGAUGGUGAUUGCGGACUAAUAUUGUCCCCAAGAUGUGAAGCUGGUCCAUCAGGUUCUGUAGAAAGUUCUCAUGCAUUUAUACAAGUGGAAACAGAAGCAAUGAAAGAGGCAGCUCAGGUUAAGCUUGCAUCUUUCACUUAUGCCAGAUGCUUCGGUCAAGCUUUGACCAAGGCUCAUAAUUCAUUGCUAAAAGUGUUAAUAGGUGAAUUACUAUCAAAAGUGGCUGCCCUGGUGGAUCCAAAUUCUGAACCUGGAGAAACACGAACACGACGGGGAAGAAGGAAAGAUAUAGAUAGUGCAGUUCCUGCUAAACGAAACAAGCUCAAUAUGCUUCCUAUUAAUGAACUCACUUGGCCAGAAUUAGCUCGUAGAUAUAUCUUGGCUUUCUUAUCGAUGGAUGGUAACCUUGAGUCUGCAGAAAUUACUGCUCGGGAAAGUGGUAAAGUAUUUCGUUGCUUACGGGGUGAUGGUGGUUUGCUGUGUGGUUCUCUUACUGGUGUGGCUGGGAUGGAAGCAGAUGCACUGUUGCUUGCGGAGGCUACAAAGAAAAUUUUUGGUUCUUUGAGCCUAGAACAUGACGUAUUAUCCAUGGAAGAAGAGGAGUCUGAUGCCAAGGGUGCUUCUGAAAAAAGUUUGGUGAAUGACAGCAACAUUCCUGAAUGGGCACAGAUGUUAGAACCUGUCAGAAAGCUGCCAACAAAUGUAGGCACCCGAAUCAGAAAGUGUGUUUACGAUGCUUUGGCCAAGGAUCCACCAGAAUGGGCAAGGAAAAUUCUGGAGCAUUCAAUUAGUAAGGAAGUGUACAAGGGCAAUGCAUCUGGACCAACAAAGAAAGCAGUUCUUUCAGUGUUAGCUGAUGUAGUUGGUGAAGGAUUGCAACUGAAUCCCAGUAAAGGAAGGAAAAAGAAGAUUGAUAUAUCAAUUUCUGACAUUAUCAUGAAACAAUGUCGCAUUGUAUUACGUCGUGCAGCUGCUGCAGAUGAUUCAAAGGUUUUUUGCAAUUUGCUGGGAAGAAAAUUAAUAAAUUCUUCAGAUAAUGAUGAUGAGGGGCUUCUUGGUUCUCCAGCUAUGGUGGCCCGUCCUCUUGACUUCCGUACUAUUGACCUAAGAUUGGCUGCUGGAGCUUAUGGUGGAUCUCAUGAAGCUUUUCUUGAGGAUGUUCGUGAGUUGUGGAACAAUGUUCGUGUUGCUUUUGGGGAUCAACCUGAUUUAGUGGAACUGGCUGAGAAAUUAUCCCAAAACUUUGAAUCAUUGUACAAUGAGGAGGUCGUUACCUAUGUUCAAAAGUUUGUGGAGUAUGCUAAACUGGAAAGCUUAAGUGUAGAGAUGAGAAAGGAAGUCAACAAUUUUAUUGCAUCAACAAAUGAGAUUCCAAAGGCACCUUGGGAUGAGGGAGUCUGUAAAGUAUGUGGCAUUGAUAGGGAUGAUGACAGUGUUCUACUAUGUGAUACUUGUGAUGCAGAGUAUCAUACAUAUUGCUUGAAUCCUCCUCUUGCAAGGAUCCCUGAAGGAAACUGGUAUUGUCCUUCUUGUGUUGAUGGUAAACAUGCAACUCCAGAUGUUACAGAGCAUACACAGAUUAUUGGCAAACGCCGAAGUAAAAAAUUCCAGGGAGAAGUUGAUUCUCUUUACUUGGAAGCUCUAACUCAUUUAUCAGCUGUAAUUGAAGAAAAAGAAUAUUGGGAGUACAGCAUGGGCGAGAGAACUUUCCUUCUCAAGUUUUUGUGUGAUGAGUUGCUUAAUUCUUCCCUGAUACGCCAGCACCUUGAGCAAUGUUCAGAGUUGUCUGUUGAGUUGCAUCAAAAGUUGCGUGCACUUUCUGGAGAGUGGAAAGGCCUGAAAAAUAGAGAGGAUAUUUUAUCCACAAAAGCUGCAAAAAUUGAUACAUUCUCACUUAAUACUGCUGGAGAAGUUGGUCUUAAAGAGGGGUUCACAACUUUAUUAUCAAAUACUGGUAAAUGUCUGGUUCAGCCACACACUGCAGAUUACAAUCCUAAUAACUUUGGGGUAUUUGUUGAUAGUCUUCCUUCAGAGGAGAUUACCAAAGAGAAGUACAGGUUGGAUAGUGUUGAUAAAAGCAUGUCUGUGACAAAUUCAGAUUCUGAUAGCCAAAAUAUGAAUUCUAUGGACGUAGAGGGACAAUUUAGAAAUGUUUCUGUGGCUGUGGAGUCUCAGUGUACUGAUAAAUCCCCCAAGUCUGUUCCAUCACCAAAUCAUAUGCCUCAAGAAAUAAAUGGUUCUGGUGGAGCAGCUCAUAUCCAUAGUAACCACCAGAAAUGUGAGGGAAGGGACAUAUCUACUCCUGUGAUGCACCAGCAAGGACAAUGUGUGCCUGUCGAUGUUCCUCAGAUUACUGUGAAUGAGUCAGAACCCAUCCACCUCGAGCUCAAUGCCAUCAAGCGUGAUAUUUCACUACUGCAGGACUCCAUAACAAAUGUAGUAUCACAGCUGCUGAAGCUCUCUGUUCGUCGGGAAUUUUUGGGUAUUGAUUCUAUAGGUCGACUGUACUGGGCUUCAGUUAUGGCCCGGGGACGUUCACGUAUAGUUGUUGAUGCAAGUGCUGCAUGGAUGCACGGAAGAGGAAUGGCUUUUAGCAGAGACUCUGUAGAGAGGUUUACUUCUCUGCUGCAUUGUACUCCAUCUGAGAAGGAUUCCUCUCCUUUUAUGUCUCAACCAAGUAGUGCUUUGAGCAAGAGUUCACCAUGGGUUGCAUAUGAAACUGAUGCAGAAAUUGAAGAACUUCUAGGUUGGCUGGACGAUAAUGACCCUAAAGAGAAAGAACUGAAAGAUUCCAUUAUGCUGGGGCCAAAAUCAAGAUUUCAAGAGUUUAUUAAUGCACAGACUGAAAGUCAGGUUGAGGACCAAGGACCUGUUUCUAUGCUAAGAAAUAGAGAGAAAUCAGUAUCUAAUUCUCUUGUUACGAAGGCAACUUCCUUGCUGGAAAAAAAAUAUGGUCCAUUAUUUGAGUGGGAUACAGUUGAGGUGUUGAAGAAGCAAAGUAACAGAGCCAGAACAACUAAUGAUGAAAAAUUGUAUAGAUGUGAGUGCCUGGAAGCCGUAUGGCCUUCUAGGAAACACUGCAUGUAUUGUCACAAAACUGUUACAAGUGAUGCUGAAUUUGAGGAACACAAUGAUGGCAAAUGUAACGCAGGUCUUCUGGUCUUGGAGAAGAACAAGGACAAAAAUGGAUCUUCUAAAGGAAGAGGGAACUUAAAAUGUGAUACUUCACAUGAGAAAUUCAGAGCUGAUGGAGAAAUAGCUGGAACCUCAAUUAAUGGAUGUUCUAAGCUUAGCUCAAGAUUGAUUAAAUUUUCAAAUGAAGAAUCCACAUGUCCAUUUAAUUUUGAAGAUAUAUGUUCCAAGUUUGUGACAGAUGAUUCCAACAAGGAACUUGUCAAAGAAAUAGGUCUUAUUGGUUCAGAUGGUAUCCCAUCUUUUGUUCCUUCCAUUUCUCCUUUUGUUAGUGAAUAUACACUAUUCUCAGCUCAAAAGGAUGAUAGUGUCGUUGGGGGUGUUUCCAAAGCAUCAGAAAGCCAGGUUCCUCAGGGAAACACUGAUGGAGCUGGCACAUGUCAUGAUUGUAAAUCAGGUGUAUCUGCUGCAAGGGUAGCUACAAAUGAAAGCAAUAAAUCCAACAAAUCAUCCUUGGGAGAACAAAGAGAUGGAAAAUUAUCUUUUUGUAGUCCUUCUUUGGACAUGGGAGUUGAUGGCUGCUGCGUGGUUCCUUUGUCUUCGUUGAGACCAUUAGUUGGAAAAGUUUCUCAUAUUUUGAGGCAACUGAAGAUUAAUCUACUUGAUAUGGAUGCUGCACUCCCGACAAUUGCUCUAAGACCAUCAAAGGUCCAUUCUGAUAGAAGACAAGCUUGGCGUGCAUUUGUUAAAUCUGCAGAGACCAUAUAUGAGAUGGUUCAGGCAACGAUUACACUGGAGGAUAUGAUUAAGACAGAGUACUUGAGGAAUGACUGGUGGUACUGGUCAUCAUUCUCAGCUGCUGCCAAAUCUUCUACUUUACCUUCCCUUGCCCUUCGCAUAUACUCCCUUGAUUUAGCCAUUAUAUAUGAGAAAAUGCCCAAUUCAAGUUUUACUGACAACUCUGAUCCUUCUGCCAUAGUGGAACAGAAACCACUGAUGACUGUGGAUUCAGAGAAAUCCAGAGCGAGCCGGAAAUCAAACAGGAAAAGGAAGGAACCAGAUAAUUGAUCUUUGAAAAUCAGAAAGCUGGUUGCUUUAUGUGGUUUGAUGUGAUCAUCCACUGGUAUGAGUUUGGAUGAAGAGUUCGUAGGGCCAACUUCAGGUUAUUUAAUGGGGCAGCCACAGCUGCUGGUGUCACUUGCAUGCUUGUAAAUAUAGGUAAAGCUGACCUGCUAACUCAGAUGCUGGUUUUUGGCUAAGCAGAAUUUGUAGGAUUAUCUGCUUUCAGUGAGGGCACCAGUAUGAGGGAAUUUUGAGGAUGCGUCCAAUUUUGAAAUGAUUUCUGCUGCAGCUGUCCAGUUAGUUGCUCCAUAGCGAGAAGUACCAUUUUUCAUUUUUCUAGUAGAGUCUGAUCCAUAUAUGUAUACAAAUGGAAUUAUUGUAAAGAAGGAAUAGAAAAAAAGCAAAAAGAAAGGAUGGGAAAGAAGUCAAAAUGUUAAGUUGAGCAGUUGUAGGCAAUAUUUCAUUCUUUAUACCUUCUCUCUCACCCCCACAGAAGUCCUGCACACGCAUGCCCUAGAUUUUGUUCUUGGGCAUCUGCUGAUGUGUUAGAAUGCAGGGGAAUUAUUGGAAUCAAAGCAUUUUUCCAUCUGCUUUAUUGUGCUUGCCCAGUGCGAGUUCUGUUUGAUUUGUUUUUUUCAGCUUAUUUUCCCAUAAUUCUCUCUUCAUGUUUGUGGGGUUUAAUGUAGAGAUACUAAUAUCUAACCCCCUCCUAAUCGGUUUGAGCAUCACAAUCCUAGUUACUAUCAGGGGGUACCGGGUUGCAUCGUUCUAGCACUGCCAUGAGGCUGUCCUAGUGUUCCCAAUGUAUUUUCUGUUUUGCGGCAAUAUUUCGGAUGCAUUGCGCAUGUCGAGAUUGCACGUACAAUCACCGGCUUAAGUGGUUGCACCGUCUGUUAUGCUAAUAUAACAGUGUGUUAGUUUUACUAGCUACCAAAAUGUAGAAUGCAUCUUAGGCAGUCAUUGUGAGGUAGGUUAAGUGGAUUCUUCAAUCCUUCUCUAUGCUUUCUUGAUGAUCAUUAGGUCCAACUAUGUUUAAAGCUUAGUGUUAGAUCUGUGUUAUACAACAUAAAUAUCUGACGUAGUAUGACCAUUUUCAGUGCUUGUUAAUCAUCAAAGAUUUCUGUGAGUAGCAUUGUGUAUGCCAAUUUGGUGUUGGGAGCUUACAUCGUAUCUUCCAUCAAAUUCGUUAGGAGAGUUGAAGUUGAUCCAUAAAAUUCAGUUAGUCCUCUCACUAUGUGAAAAAAUCGAGUAUUCUGUGAACUUUUAUCUUCAUCUCUGCAGUUUUUACUUUUGUUUUUUCUUUGAUCACAUUGUAGUUCAUGUCGUGAGCAAAUUAUGAAUAAAGUAAUGAUAUUUAUAAGUAAGAAUAUACGUAUUGGAUUACCAUAAUUAGGGUGUGUAAUAAGAUCAAAGAAACUAC